UGCUCUUUUUCUCUCUGUUUACAGCCCGCUGUCGUUCGCAGCCUACGGUUACACAUAAACAACUCUGGGCAGAAACUGUUGCAGAAUCUGCUGCUGCUGGUGGCACAAAUGCUCCGGGAUCUUCUGCCAGAUGUCAGGAGGGUGAAGAGUCCAUGAGAGGGAUAGCUGAGUGCAACAAUGCAGACAAUUAAAUGUGUAGUAGUUGGUGAUGGUGCUGUGGGUAAAACCUGCCUCUUGAUUUCAUACACCACAAACAAGUUCCCUUCGGAGUACGUACCAACAGUGUUUGAUAACUAUGCUGUAACUGUAAUGAUUGGUGGUGAACCUUACACUCUUGGAUUAUUUGACACUGCAGGUCAGGAAGAUUACGAUCGGUUGCGACCCCUGAGCUAUCCCCAAACUGAUGUCUUCUUAGUUUGUUUCUCUGUAGUUUCACCAUCAUCCUUUGAAAAUGUCAAGGAAAAAUGGGUGCCUGAGAUUACCCACCACUGUCCAAAGACCCCAUUCCUGCUGGUUGGAACUCAGAUUGACUUACGAGACGAUCCUUCAACCAUUGAGAAGCUUGCCAAGAACAAGCAGAAGCCUAUUACUCCAGAGACAGCCGAGAAACUCGCCAGGGAUUUAAAAGCAGUGAAAUACGUGGAAUGUUCAGCUUUAACACAAAAAGGGCUAAAAAAUGUGUUUGAUGAGGCCAUACUCGCUGCGCUGGAGCCUCCAGAGCCCAAGAAGAAGCCUAAAUGUGUUCUUUUAUGAGUUCAACCUUGCCAUAGGUCCUUUCAGGCAGAAACCAUCUAUGACUAUUAUCCAUCUACAUCUGAAUCAGUCCUGGUUCAUGUUCAGGAAAGGACUAACUAUAACAACUAUUAUGCUUUUUUUUCCCCCCUUGUUUUGCCUUGAAUUAUUAUGCCAUCUGAAUUAAGCAAAAUGAAUAGAAUAAGCGUAAGGUAAGAAUAUUUGUCACAAAGGUUAUCUUAAUUUGUAUUAUAUUUCAUUAGUAUAUUCUUCUCCAAUAGGAUUAACAAGACACCCUUAAGGCUAAAGAAGACUUUUAAAUUCAGUUAUUUAUUCAUGCUCAAUAUUGUGACAAUAUUAACCUGUUUAGUUCACUGAAAUAGAUAAACACAAAAUCAUAGGAGAAACUAAUGAAUUUCAACUGUUGAAGUGUGUUAUUUUGUACAAAUUAACAAGUCGUUUAUCUGUAAAAUAUUAGGCUUUCUUAGGAUUCCAGAAAACCUGGACAGUGUUAUUGUGUAUGAUUACAUUUAGAGGCAUAGCUGAUCUAUCAGUGCAUCAUGAACUGUUGGCUGUGCUGCAGCUCUAACUGCCUGACCCUAAAAGUGGCUCGAUAAGUUAAAAAUACAAGCAACUGGUGAACCAAAGCUCGUUUUGUUUCUAAAAUCCAUUCGCUUUCAAUAUCAACAGCAAACACAAGAUAAAUUAAUUAAGCCACUGGUAUAAUUUUGUUUGCUUUCCCCCAAAGUCUUGUUGAAAUUCAUUCAUACAAUGUAAAUAACCUGAUAGUCACGUGUGAUACACAAAGCAAAAACUUCAUUCCAAUUUUCUUUUCCAAAAAUAUUUACAUAUCAAGAUGAGUGUGAUGUUGGCAGAUUAUACUUGGAUCCAUGUUCAACAGGUUGUACUUUUUGCCUUGGUAUAUUUAUUUUAAUCAAUCCUCAAUUUAAGAAGCACCAGUAAUUGUCCCAAAUAACCAAAUUUUAAGUGUUUUUCCAUCACUUGAUAAAAAAAAAAUAUAUAAAGAGAGUUUAUCAUAA